AUGGAUUUUCCCGCAACUGCAAGUGACUCCUCAAUGGAAAGCCCACCAGCCCACAUGGAGGACGCUCCAACUCCCCCAUCUCCAUCGACUCCUUCGAGCUUUUCAAGUGACUCUCUUUCCACUUACUCCUCACCAUCUCGACCCAACUCACCGUUCUUCAACCUCCCCGCCGAGCUACGCCUCCAAAUCUACAGCCACCUAGUCCCCCAAAAGUGCGCCAUCAAGGUAAUCAACACCAAGUACCGACCCUGGGGUAUUGAACCCGUCGUAUCAACCCGCGACCCAGCCUUCUCCGAAGACAAGUUUGCAAACACCAGACCCCACUGGAUCAACAUCCUUCAAGUAUGCAAGCAGAUGACCGAGGAGUGUCUGGACAUCCUUUAUGGCGAGAACCUAUUCGAGAUCCAUCUGACCAGCGGCGGCGAGGUGGCCCUCAGGGAAACAUUCAGCAAGCGAAACCUGCAACGCAUCAGAAACGUGGUGGCCAUUUCACCAAGUCCCCAGUCUAGUGAAAGGCUGAACCAGCCGGACCUCGAUCUCUGGGAUACCCUCGGUCCAAACCUGACGAUGUUUAAAUGGGUCUUCCGGCCGGACUGGGAAGGCAAGCUGUUCUACGACAAGCCCAUACCGUCGGAGAAGUUGGAGCGGUGGUUCGAGUGGAUGGGUUGCUAUAUGGAGUGCUUCAGUGAGGUGAUGCCCACCGGAGCGAAUGUUGAACUUCGCUUUGAUGAUGGAAAGGGAGAUCCCAGUGUUGGCGGAGUUCUCUUCAAGCGAGGACCUUUCUUCGGAUUUGAAGAUAGGCGGUGA